AUGACUCGGUUUCAGAAGAAGAGCUCGCCGCUGCCGUGGCGAAAGUUGGAGGGCCUGGGCACAGCGUGGGCUCGCUGCCCCGUAGCAGCCGCCAAGAAAGUGGCUGAGGGGCGACUCCUCGUCGGUUGGGCUUCGGCAAACGUGAAGCUGCUGGAGUCCCGACCCCUGAGGUGCUUCCGCUGCCUGGUGCCUGGCCAUGUUAGGAAGGGGUGCACCUCAGAAAUCGACCGCAGUGACCAGUGCUACCGAUGCGGUCAAUCUGGUCACCGGGCCAGGGACUGCACCGCCGCGCCCCACUGCACUCUGUGCACUGCAGCGGGCAAAUCUGCUGACCACAGUGCCGGCAGCAGUACCUGCGCGAUGGGGGCUAAAGCCCCAAAACGCAUGUCCCGGAAGGUGACCAACAAAUCAGGCACCCCUGGAGUGGCGGCGCCUCUGGCUGCACAAGAGGGCCCGAUUAGCAAUGCGCCAAAUGACGAGGUCAACUAA